AUGGGGGCUGUGACUGUAGAUGUGGAAGAUGUGUCCCAGCUUGCUCUGUUCCAGACAGGCAUCACUGUGGCUCUCACACAGGUCCUGCCCCAGUGUGUGUGGAAGGAGUGGAGCUGUGUUAUCCAGGCUGUACAACAGCUGGUCAGGGACGGACUGCUGGUGGGGCCUGAUGAACAACUGGGAUUAAAAGGUACAUUACAAGUGGAAGUGAGCACCUCCUGGCAGCUAGCAGAGGUACUGCAGCUGUUGGGCAGCCCCUGGACUGAAACCUGGGUGUCUGCAAGUGUCUGGGUACAUGUGGUCAAGAACUAUGUGGCCACAGUUCAGGAGCUGCAGCAGGCUGUUAGCCAAUCAGACACCUCGCCUGAGGAACAGCUGUCCGUGAUUGGUCAGUUCUUCUGCCACUGCUGCUCAGUCAUAACUGUCGCACCUGGAGAAGUCGGCCAACAGCUGUUUGUAUUGGCUCUGGACAUGUUGACGAUGUGUCAAUCACUUUCAAAAUCAGCCAAUAAGGAGACAGCACAGAGAGAGAAGGAGGUGCUUCGACAAGAGAUCACACAGUUGGAGCUCCAUGGAGGACUCAAGAGGACACUGCUACUAAAACUGGAUGGAAUUGGACAGUUGUAGAUAGUCAACAUG